UAACAGAUUAGAAACGAAAGGAAAACCACAAAACCAAAGUCUAUAUACAUACUUGUUUUCCACAAAGUUGUCAUUUGUAUUAACCAUGUCUUUGCUUAACGAGGAACGAAAAUUAACAAAUCUGUUCGAUGGCACAGAGUGGAAUGUUUAUCAGUCGAAGUUGCUAAAUUUGGGAGUUGGAGCCCCUGGCACUGAUUUACUUCAAUACUGUGGGGAUAUAUUUUGCAAAGCCACGGAGCAUCGUAUGAAAAUUGAUAAGGAAGAAAAUUUGUCUAUGCUUUUUCAAUAUGGACCCACUUCUGGCAUUUAUGAAGCAAGAUUUGAGAUUGCUAAAUAUUUUACACAAAUGUAUGGAUCUGAAGUAAAAUGUGAAGAUUUGAUCAUAACCAGCGGGGCCACGCAAGGAUUACAAUUAAUACUCUCAACGUUGGUGGAUUUAAAUGGUUACGUAUUUGUAGACGAAUAUACCUAUAUGCUAGCAUUGGAUUGUAUGAAACAAUUCCAAACGCUCAAUAUUGUGUCAGUGAAAUUAAAUAAGAAUGGAGUGGAUUUAGACGAUCUUGAACAGCAAUUGAAAGAAAAACAAUUUAAAAGCGAGAAAAAAGAAUUCUGGGCCAUGUACUAUACGAUACCAACAUAUCACAAUCCAACUGGUAUACACUUUUCCCCUGAAGUAUGUGAAGCCUUGGUCAAAUUGGCGAGGAAAUAUGAUUUUCUUAUAUCUUGUGAUGAUGUCUAUAACAUUUUAUGCUAUAAAGGAAUGAAAGUUCAAAAAAGACUGUUCGCUUAUGACGCAAAAGAUGAUGCCGAUUAUAAAGGCCAUGUCAUAUCAAACGGAAGUUUUUCAAAAAUUUUGGGACCAGGCGUGCGUUUGGGCUGGAUGGAAGUACCAAGGAGAAUGAAAACAUUAUUGGAUUCAAGUGGAUUUAUCAAUAGCGGUGGCUGUCUGAAUAACUACACAUCUGGCAUAGUGGCAAGUUUAUUCCAGCUGGGAUUAGCCCAGCAACAUAUUCAGCGUAUGUUUGAUGCAUACAAGGAACGCAUGUUAGCCACCUGUGAAGUGUUUGAAAGAGACUUGCCAGCUGGCUGUCAAAUAAUAACUCCAGAAGGUGGCUAUUUUAUAUGGAUAUCUUUGGGAGAGAAUGGCAAAGCAUCAGAGUUCCUUAAAAUGUGUAUGGAAGAAGAAAAAAUAUUUUUCAUAGUUGGAUCAAGAUUUGCACUUCAUCCGGACAAGAGAGACAAUAGUUUCCGACUAUCUAUAGCUUUUCACAGUAAAGAUAAGCUAAUUGAUGCAGCCGAAAGAAUAUGUCGCUGCCUUAAAAAAUAUUUAAACAAUUAAUGCAAUAUGAUAUGAAUUUUUAUCUAUAAAAAUGUUGACAAAAAAAAAAAAAAAAAAAAACGAUAAUAAUCAGGCAUGUCACAGAAGUUUUACGAAAUCGAUUUAUUUCACCUUUUCCAAAUCGUUACGAUUUGCUUUUGCUUCUUCAGCACUCGUACGUUUUGACUAUUCCGGAAAAAAAAUCAUUUCACAUUUUUGAAAUAAAAAUAUGGUAACUCCAUGAAAAAAAAAGU